UCUGGAGGGUUUCACAGGAAAGUGUGGCAUUCACGACCCAGCGCUCAUGCAGUACAGACCGUCCACAGCCUGCUUGCCAGCCUCUGCUGCUCUGGCCAGAUCCCAAACACACUCAAAGAGAGAGAGAGAGAGAGGAGAGCAGAUGUGGUGAGUGUGACAGAGGAGGGAACAGUUAGGUGAACUCUAAAGGGGAAUCCUGAGAGCAUAAAGAAAGGCGAGUAAGGACACAGAACUUUCCACUGCUUGUAUCCUUUCACAUUCCACGCUAUUUUAACAAAUACUCAAGCUUUUAACCAUGGAAGUGAUUGAAGACAGCCAUCUACACCUGGAGGUGCCUGACCUGCACAAAUCCCUUACUGAGAUCUCAGAAGAUGAAAUCAACCUCCCAGCCUCAGAUGAUGAAGAUGAGACCAUCGCUGAGAACAAAGCAAAAACUGCUGAAGAGAAAGAAGAAGCUGGUGAGGGAGACAAAGGUGAGAUGAAUGGAGUCAUGGUCCUGGCGCUGCUGGACAAAAUCAUCGGGGCCGUGGACCAGAUCCAGCAGACGCAGGCCGGGCUGGAAGCCCGUCAACGGGAGAUGGAGAGAUCAGUAACGGGCAUCCAGGGCGAACUCACCAAACUGUCCAAGAGCCACACCACCACAGCCAACUCGGUCAAUAAGAUGCUGGAGAAGGUGCGCAAAGUCAGUGUGAAUGUGAAGACGGUGCGGGGGAACCUGGAGAAACAGGCCGGGCAGAUCAAACGCCUGGAGAGCAACGAGAACGAACUUCUGAAGAGAAGAAACUUCAAAGUCAUGAUCUACCAGGAUGAAGUGAAAAUACCUUCGAAAGUCAGUGUGGCCAAGUCUAUGAAGUUUCCAGAGCCUGUGGAAGGAGAAGCUGAAGGUGAACCCAAAGUGGCUGCAGAGGAAAGAGGAGAGGACAAAGAGAAAGUCCAUCUGGACCUGUCCUCUGAUGAAGAGGAGGUUGAGCUCGAGGAGGCCAUUGAGGAGUCUCGAGCAGAGCGCAUCAAACGAAGCAGCCUGCAACGCGUCCAGAACAUCAAAACCGUUUUCUCCAAGGAAAAAAUGGAGAAAACCAAGCAAAAGACCAAGGAGAAUUUGGAGAAGACCAAGCAGAAGACCAAAGAGAACUUGGAGAAAACUCGCAUGAAGACCAAAGAGAACUUGGAAAAAACCAGGCAGAAGACCAAGGAGAAUCUUGAGAAGACCAAACAGAAGACCCGAGAGAACCUGGAGAAAACACGUCACAACAUAGAGAAAAAGAUGGGCAAGCUCGGCAAUCGGAUGUCUGUGAAUCCCGAGCGCAAGGAGAAGAUCAAGUCCUCGCAGAAGAAGAUGGUGAAGUCUUUCACUCCUGACCACACCAUCUAUGCCCGCUCCAAAACGGCUGUCUACAAGGUUCCACCGUUCACCUUCCAUGUGAAGAAAAUCCGUGAAGGAGAAGUGGAGAUCCAGGGAACCGAGAUGGUGGAAGUCGGCGGGGACGCAGACGAGGUGGAGAAUGCAGUGAUGGAGGGAAGAGAAGAUGAGGAGAUGGAGAUGGAAGGUGGCGAGAUGCUGGAGGAAGACGACGAGACAGAAGACAGCCCUGAGAUGAGAGCGCUACUGGAGAGGGGAGAAGAGCUGGUGUUGGUGGAAGACCAUGACAGAGAUAGCGAUUAGUGUUUGUGUGUGUGUUUGGGUGCUUACACAUUAGAGAAGCUUGUAACAGAAUGUUUGAAUGGUAGGACAGUUUAGAAGGCUCAGUUAGAUAUCAAAUUUGAUUUCUGAAAGCUCAUCUCACUGAGAUGUUUUGGUUGCUUAACAAAGCAUCAGUUUCACCAAACCCUGAUUGUUUUUUUCUGCAUCCUUGCGGAGCACCAUAACCAUUAAAGUAUUUGCAGUGUUCUCCGAUAUAGCAUAAACUCUAGUGUGUAGGCGCCCUGAGCAUGUGUGCUGUACUGCUAGUCCAGAUAUUGGAUUCUGCAGGAGAAUGUGAGUGUGUCUGUUUGCAUGUGUGUAUUUGCAUCUUUUCUAGCAGCAGAAUGUUUCAAAUAUAAGGUGACUCCAUUCACCUAACAUAUGUGUGAGUGAGAUUUACUGUACUGGUCCAAGUAAACUAGUUCCUUGAGUUCAUUUUGUGGCAUCCAAUAAGAUGCAACAUGGUAUCUGGGAACAUUUUUGUGCUAGAUGGACAGGAUGAACAGAAAAUUGCGACUGAAACAGAUAACAGACAGAUGGUUUGAUCAAACGAACAAAAGACUUCAUAGUUAUUUUGUUCUAGAAGAUUAUUUGGUCGCACUUUAUAAUAGGUGGCCUUAACUACUUUGUACUAACAUUAAAUUACUACUGUGUAACCACAUUCCCACAUUUACUGCUCAUGAGUUUGAGGUGUGAGUUAAAGGGUUGGGUUACGGUUAACAGUGUACAAAUGAAAUGAUAAAUAUAUUGUAUCAAAUAAUUAAGUAGGCUACAUAGUAGUGAAAGCCAUUUAAUGUAAAGUGAGACCAAUUAUUUUCCUUCUUGUUCUAGUCUCAUAUGUAGAGCUAUAGACUGUUCUUCACCUUUCAUAUAAGGUGGAGGAACAAACCAUGAUAAGAAAACCUGAAGUAUUGCUUCUAAGUGCUUAUUUUUAUAUAUAUCUUUUAUAUAUCUUAGAGUUUAAUGAAUAAUGUUACAGUACAUUUCCUUACAACAAGCUGUCAUACUGUCAUACAACACUGAUUUUUUUUUGUUUUGGUCUCAAAUUACACAAAUAGUAAAUAGUAUGAAAAGAAGAUUAUGAAACCACAUCAAAAAUGAUUAUGUGAAUAUAUGUUUUUGUCCUUUUGCAUGAGGUUUACUGGAAACUAUCGAGACGCUAAAAGGAGUAUAAAUAUCUAUAAAAUGAUUGUGGUUUCAGAAUGGCGCUGCAGGCUUGCUCAACAAAGACACCAGUGCUCUUUACCCAAUUACAACUACUGUUUGUGUAACAUUUGCACGUCCCCUGGUGGACAUGUGUGGUAAUGUUGUAACGGGCCAAUGAGCGAUGAACCCUUGCCUCAUUUAUUGAUUUAAAAGCACAAAGGUUAUAAUAAGCCAAAUUGGCAUGAGCUGCAAAAAGCUACAGCUUAAUGUCAUCUGCACCUCUGAUCUUAAAUUAAACACAUAUUUGAAUAAAUCACUGCUAUUCCUUAGAGCACAAUCACUUCUGAGAUGUGUAAACUUAAUUUCCUCAAUGUUCAGAUAGUAUUGUUUCAGCAAUUGCAUAAUCUUACAAAACGUUUACGCUUUAAUCAUCUUUUUUUUUUGUUUUAUUUUUGCUUGUGUAGCUGAUGAUGCAUAUGAAUACUCUCUUGUAAUGUCACACGUCUUAACCACUAAUGUGUUAAUAAAAGCAAUCAUGCUUCA